AUGAAGCCUGUCAACGAUGAGGCUAUGGGGAAGUUUGACCAUGUUGGCCUAGCUCGGCGCCACAUGACCGGAACGGAACUCAAACAACACCUCCCGAACCUGAUUUUCACUCGUUAUACGUUUCUGUACGAUAUUUUAAACGCAAUGGGUUGGUUUUCUUCGUCCUCCGAUUCCAACAAGGCCUCCGACGGAGGUCGUAUAGCACCCGAUCGAACCUCGAGACAAAAAUGCUGGGAAGGUCGCGAUCGCUUCUUUGCGUGUCUGGACAACAACGACAUCAUAGACUCUGUCAAGGGCGAUAAGGAGGCGCGGAAGAAGUGUGCGAAGGAGAUUGCAGAGUUUGAGUCGGCUUGCUCCACUGCCUGGGUCAAAUACUUCAAGGAAAAGCGCGUGAUGGAGUACAACCGGGAUAAGACGAUCGAGCGGAUCAAGAAGGAAGAUGCGGCUACAGUUACUGAUCUCAAGUCGCAAGGAUGGUCACAGAAGUGA